GUGAAGUUUUUAGAUAUAUAUGCAUAUAUAUGUGUAGAACAACUGUAUAUCACUGUAUGUCUAAAAAAACUACCAUCAAACGUGGUGCGUCUUGUUUCUCGAAAUCGAUCGUUUUCUUUCCAAAAGGGUGCACCGAAUCGGUUUUAAAUCAGGACAAUAAAUCGAAAUCGAGGUAACGACGAAGCGAUAGGAGAAUCAUUGGUUGGGAUGUCCGAUUUUAGUUUGUGACGUCAUGCGCAAAACAGUUCAUUCCUUAUCCCCUCCGUAUAUCUAUCCAGCUGUCCGUGGUUUGGCAGUCCGGUGAACGAAUUUCUCAGGGUGAUUAUCACGUAGGUUUUUAUGCUGGUGGCCUUUUCCACGUACGAUAGUGGGAAAUCCAAGGUGUUUAGAUAUCGAUACGAGAUCGAGUGCCAAUCGGAAACCUGUUAGGUAGAACUAAUUUUGAACAACCUAUAACGGUAUUGCACGGAUAGGGUGGCCUUCGGACUUGACAAAAGGCAAAGACGUGCAUACGCAGCAGAAACAACUGGCGUUCUCGUAUAUGUGACGAGAUUGUUCAGGUACACGUCGUGCGGAGCCGUGAUUACUUUUAUUCGGGAACAGCGUUAACGUGAGGUGUGGGACGGUAUCGUAACGUUCUGGGAUUUACCCGAUUAUCAACGAUUUGGGAGCGACGAGCCCAUUCGUGAGGGAUGUCUACCCCCGCAAGAAGGAGACUAAUGAGAGACUUUAAGAGAUUACAAGAAGACCCACCCACUGGAGUUUCAGGAGCACCCACAGACAAUAAUAUUAUGAUAUGGAAUGCAGUUAUAUUCGGACCACAUGACACUCCAUUUGAAGAUGGUACCUUCAAACUCACAAUAGAAUUUACAGAGGAAUAUCCAAACAAACCACCUACAGUCAGAUUUAUUAGUAAGAUGUUCCACCCCAACGUAUAUGCUGAUGGAGGCAUCUGUUUGGACAUAUUACAGAAUCGUUGGAGCCCUACUUACGACGUCUCUGCUAUUUUAACAUCCAUACAGUCCCUUUUGGAUGAACCAAAUCCAAAUUCUCCAGCGAAUUCUUUAGCGGCGCAAUUAUAUCAAGAAAAUAAACGGGAGUAUGAGAAGAGAGUAGCUACUGUUGUUGAGCAAUCGUGGUUGAACUUCCAAGAAAGUCACACGGAAGAUGCCCGCUGACAUUGAAUAUAACUCGUACGAUGGUUUUAACAAGCUUGUUUGAUGCUGUUUUCCUCGUUUAAAUAAUACUACAUAGUAGGAAUGGUCGGAAACAUAAUUUCACGUGCUUUCAAGACGACGCACUAAAUUCUACAGGAUUUCUUUUGUUUUUGUCUCCUGGGGGAGAGUGCUACAUAGUUUUAUAACAGAGCAAUGAAAUGAUUUACUUAACACUGACUGUGUUUCGGAUGUGUACAAAAAAUGUAGAGUACUGGGAUGAUGUGAAAUUGUAUUGUGCAUCAUGUGAUUUUUAUCUAUAAAAAUACAGUGUAUAUGAUUUUGCUCAUUAUAAGUAGGUCCUAGGCGCCAACGUAUUAUAUAACAGAUUUUAGAGAUGGAAAAGAAUACCAGUUUUGUAACAUUGAUUUACAUCGUAAUUAAUAGUUACGUUCAUAUACAUAUAAGGAUUUUCACAUGAUCAUUUUAAAACAGACGAAUCGCAUUCUAGUACCUCUUAAAAUAAUUGGAAACUAAAUUGUUUCGUUUCAAUUACAAAAAACAUUGUAUAAAUAAUGAUGUAUAAAUAUAGCCUAGAGUUAAAGCCCAGUAAUCAACUUGAAGGAUAAGUACUAAUAAUUAAUUGUAAUUUCCUAAUAAAGUUGAAACAUUAUUCAUAACA